AUGACGUUCCCAGGCGCGGCCUCGUCGAGCCAAUCUUCUAACCUCGACAGAUUUCAGUCUGUACCGCACACUUCCCUGCCUCCGGAGAAUUCCCACCGAGAUCCGUCCUCACAAGCUCUCCCCCCUUCCGAACCGCCGCGGCCCUCGGACUCAGCUCCGAGUGCGCCACCCGCCGCUCCGGGAUCCCUCGACCGGUCUUCUCUCGACAACGUAACCCCGCGCCUAUACCGCGAGCGAAACCCCGAGUCGAUCCGGAAUGGUGGAACUUACUCUUCGGUGAUUGCGGAACAGCGCUACGGGAAGGGCGCCGGGAAGCAGUCAUCCAUACUCCCUGUCUUACAGGCCAAGUCCGACUCGAACUCCUCGCAAAGGAAGCGGCAGCAGCAGGGCACUGGAGACGGUUCCGCGCAAACUGCUGACAGUCGUGGUCUGGGGCCAGCUGCCGACGUUAGCGACGGUCGUCCUUCUGGCUCCCGCUGGAAGAAGCCGCGCCUUGAUUCCCCCCGCAGCAUCGACCUCAGCUCGCUCGUCUCGCCGAAGCUAUACACGACCAUUGAAGAUCCUACGUCUCCAAUAUUCUUCUCCUCCACUAGCUCACGGGCCAGCAUGACGCGGCCUCACCCAAAUUAUGGAACGGCUGAGGCCACGGCGAAUAUGAUAGACCGCAUGCGGCAGCCCGAUUCAGUCACAACACAUCAGCUCGCGAGGGGCAGCAUAGACUCCAACAGUCCCGCGAGAUCCGUUAGUACCCAUUCGAGUUGGCCAUUUGAAGGGAGGGGCUCAUCCAAAAGCCCUGGCUCAGUACCCGCACACCUGCAACCGCUUCAGUCUAUUGGCACUAUCGAGUUUCUGGAACAGGAUGAGCGGCCGACAUUUAUUGUUGAUCUUACGACCGUAGCUUCCUCGAGUCCCAAGCAGUUUCCCAUCAUGUUUUCCAACGCUGCGUUGCGCGCGUCGCCUAUGGUCCUAGAUCUCUUGUCACCCGAGACGUCCGAUUCAGCUGUUAUUAAGGAGUUCGCCAGGUUCAAGGCAUGGGUUGUGAGCUAUAUCAAGGAUAAGCAGCCCACGGACAUUUUACUGCCCUCAACAACAUAUGGAAACGUUACAUGGACUUGUUGGACGCUUCGAAAGAGGUAUCGUGUCGUGAGCGGGUCGUGGCGUGCGACAGCCGACGCCAACAACUUGACGCAGCCGCACUGCCCAUCUCCAAUAACAGUUGACAAAACAUCCCGGGCCAGUACGCCAGAUCUGGACCCCGCCACGCCGCGCGAACCUAUUGGGGACGGUGAUGACUAUUUCGGCCCAACAGACGAUGCUAUGCAGCACUAUGACCUUGUAAUGGCAGAGUCGCCAGCUGAUAUUCACUCAGAAGCGGAUCCUGCCCGGCUGGGUCUUCACAUGGCUGAGACCACGGGUGAACCCGGACGAACGUCGUUUGACUGGACCAGGAUCGCGGUUCAUCCAGGGUUGGACGCACACUUUAUUUUUGCGCGGUCAAUUGACUGGGCUCGAACUCCACUGGGUCCCAUGGAACAUUGGCCUUCGGACCUUCGCGUUAUGUCUAACCUUAUCAUGGGCAGUCCUAACCCGGCCGCCAUGUACUGGGGCAAGGAGUACACGGCCAUCUAUAAUGAGGCUUAUACGCAGCUGGCAGGUCAGAAACACCCCGUGAUGAUGGGGGCAUCAUACAUUCACGUCUGGGCCGAGAUCUGGGACAACCUCAAGCCGGUCUUUGAGAACGCGUGGAACCGAGGCCAGGCAACCAUGAAAGAUGACGACCAGUUGUUCAUCAUUCGAAACGGGUUUUUGGAAGAGACAUAUUUCAACUGGUCAAUCAUUCCGCUGGUCGGCGGAGAUGGCAAUGUGGUCGCGCUCUACAACCCGGCAUGGGAGAAUACACGCCGCAAGGUCAAUGAGAGGAGGAUGCAGACGCUGGGGGUAAUCAACGAGAAGACAGCGCCGGCAAGGGAUAUCAAGAGCUUUUGGCAGUUGGCACUCAAGGGACUCGAGUUCAACGAGUUCGACAUACCGUUCGUCCUGAUGUACUCGACCUGUCCCGACGAGUCGGAAAGCGAGGUUUCGUCUCUGCACUCGGGAAGCUUGGCGAACCCACCCACCGUGGUGUUAGAAGGAUCCUUGGGAGUACCGGUAGGCCACCCAACCGCAGUGAAGUACCUAGAUCUGCGUACCAGUGAUGAUGGCUUUGCGCCGUAUAUGCGCGAGGCCAUGGGCUGUACCGACAGUCCUAUAGUAUUGAGCAAAGAAUCCGGGACAUUGCCGCACCAUCUGAUCAGCGGUUUCGAGCGACGAGGAUUUGGGGACCCUGCAAGGACCAUCGUUGUUUUCCCGGUUCACCCAACGCCAACAGGCGAAGCUGUUGCGGGCUUCAUCGUAAUGGGCACCAACCCGAGAAGACCGUACAAUGAGGACUUCGAACUGUUCAUCAAGCUUCUCUCCCGUGCGCUGGCCACGUCCAUGGCCUCGGUUGCGCUUUUCGAGGAAGAGAUUCGGAAGGGCCAGAAAGCGGCACGAAUAGCUGCUCUAGAUCGCCAAGAGCUCUCGUUACAGUUGCGGCUUCGCACUCAAGAGGCCGUGGAAAGCGAGUACAAGUUUAGCAGGAUGGCCGAAUUCGCACCCGUGGGCAUGUUCAUCACAAAUAACCAAGCCAAAAUUACCUACAGCAACGAUAUGUGGUGGCAGAUAUCACGGCAUCCACGGUCGCAUGACACGUUGGGCAGCUGGAUGCAGAGCGUGCGCGAUGAGGACCGCCCUGGGCUGGAGGCAGUCUGGUCCAAGCUUGUGACAGAAAAGGUGACUACCACGCAUGAAUUCCGGUUCAAGUCGAGCAGUCAGGCCGAGGGACAUCCAGUCGAUACAUGGGUCCUGCUGAGCGCUUUCCCCGAGAAGGAUGCCAAUGGUGACCUCAAACGCAUUUUCGGCUGCAUAACCGACAUAACCCAACAAAAGUGGGCUGAGACGUUCCAGCGACAACGCAGGGAGGAAGCGGUUGAGUUGAAGCGCCAGCAGGAGAACUUUAUCGACAUGACGAGCCACGAGAUGCGCAAUCCACUCAGCGCCAUCCUGCAGUGUUCCGACGAGAUCACCAGCGGACUAGCGCGGUUUUGCAGUGGCAACGAGACGUUGAAUACGGACUUGCAGCUCCUUAUGGAUGGUUGCCUAGAGGCGGCCAACACCAUCGCCCUCUGUGCUAGCCACCAAAAGCGGAUCGUCGAUGACAUCCUGACUUUUUCCAAACUCGAUUCACAGCUACUCCUUGUGACACCGGUCGACGCACAGCCUAUAACUGCUGUUCAAAAGGUCCUCAAGAUGUUUGAGUCGGAAAUCAGGAGCAGCCAAAUUCGUGUCGAAUUCCGGGUCGAAAAGUCGUACGAGGAGCUUGGUGUCGACUGGGUCAAGAUCGAUCCCUCGAGACUGCAGCAGAUCCUGAUAAAUCUCAUGACCAACGCCAUCAAGUUUACCAAUUCGCGUGACUCGCCGACCAUCAUCGUCAGCAUGGGUGCCAGCCGCAACAACGGGGACGGGAUGGCGCCGUCGUCUGGGCUGAACUACUUUCCGACUCGCUCGCCCGCGACUGAAAACAUCACUGACAAGCCCGAAUGGGGUAGUGGAGAGAAGGUCUACCUCCACUUCUCCGUCACCGACACCGGACCGGGCUUGGACGCCAAGGAGAAGAAGCUGCUGUUCCAUAGGUUCUCACAAACAUCUCCCCGGACACAUGUGCAGUACGGCGGGUCAGGGCUGGGUCUGUACAUCUCGAGGAUUCUAUCCGAGCUCCAGGGUGGGCAGAUCAGCGUGUCGAGCGAAAAGGGCGUUGGGAGCACGUUUGCAUUUUACAUUCAGGCCCGCAAAGUAGACCCUAGUGAUAUACCUCCCGAUGUGCUCGCAACAGCAGGCUCCUUCAAGAUCGACGCUGCAGCACCCAAGAACAAUGGCAGCAGCGUCAGCAAUACCGGCAUCGCCAAGCCGCCUUCGCUGUCUGCCCUAGAAGGCGCAUCCUACACCCUGGAAAAGACCACCAUCAGCCCUACAACGACGCCACCUGUGUCAACUUUGAACGGGGCUUCAUCACCGCAACGGCAACGAGAUGUCGUCAACGUAUCAUCAGUAACGACAACUCGGAGCCCGACACCGAGCGCGAGCCAGCACAGCCAUCGGCCCCUCGAUGUGCUCAUAGUCGAGGAUAAUCUUGUGAAUCAGCGUGUACUACAACGUCAGCUUGUCAGGUGCGGCAACAACACACUCGUGGCCAACCACGGACAGGAGGCGCUUGCCACCUUGCAGAGGUCACGAUUCUGGCGGCAUGGGGUUCUUGAAGAGCAGCAGCAUCAACUAGGUGUCGGUGGUACUGCAGAACAAUCACAGAAGCCCGGAACAUCCACGACCGAGGACCCAUCUUCGCCCGGUACAAGUAUGACAAGUACAUGUCAGCAGGAGUCCAACAUUAACAUUUCCGUCAUAUUAAUGGACCUUGAGAUGCCAGUCAUGGAUGGCAUGACGUGUGCGCGCCGGAUCCGGGAGUUGGAGGGCUUGGGGGUUAUUGCGCACCACAUACCAAUUAUCGCCGUGACGGCGUAUGCGAGACCCGAGCAGAUCGAAACCGCAAAGGCUGCCGGUAUUGAUAACCUCGGCGGUGGGGAGAUGUGCAAACAGAAGGGCACUUAUCUGUAUGUGAUCACUAACCGUGUAAAACAGGACGACGUCAUCUCGAAACCGUUCCGCAUACCCGAACUCAUACCCAAGAUAGAGGAACUAGUCUCAAAGUUCGACACGAACGCUGCUUUUGGUUCUGGUGCUAUGGACAUUUCACCCGCUGAGCCCAUGGUUACAUCGCCUACUGCUACUCCGCCUCCGCCGCCUCCUGCUGCGACGACUACUGUUGCAUGA